AUGAAGAAAGUGGUGGUGAAGUUGGAUUUGCAUGAUGAUAAAGCAAAACAGAAGGCCAUGAAAUCAGUUUCUAGCCUUUCAGGCAUUGAUUCUAUCGCCAUGGACAUGAAAGAGAAGAAGCUGACAGUGGUUGGUGAUAUAGAUCCUGUGGAUGUUGUGAGCAAAUUGAGAAAAUGGCACACAGAGAUUUUAACGGUCGGGCCGGCGAAAGAGCCGGAGAAGAAGAAAGAUGAUGGAAAAAAAGAUGAUAACAAGAAGAAAGAUGAUGAUAAGAAGAAAGAUCCAAAUGAACAAAUUGCUGAGCUUGUUAAGCAAUAUAGAGCAUAUAAUCCUUACAUGACUACAUAUUAUCAUGUUCAGAGUGUUGAAGAGAAUCCAAAUGCUUGUGUUAUUUGUUGA